GAAGCCAGAAGUUUGUUUCUUCUGCUUACGGACUUUAAUUUCUCCACGCGUUCGACAGUUCCGUACCCGACGACUAGGGCAGGAUGCCUCGCACGGCGACGGCGACAGCGGAGGCUUUCCGGUGUCUCGACGUCAGUUUCGCCCUUCCUACGUCGUUUUUCAGGUGGCCGAGGCUCUUCGCCUCCUACGUAACGCCGCCGAGCUGGAGGAGCAGCCCCAGCCUCAGCCUGGAGCCUUGGCGGUGGGCGGCUCGCCUCCGGAUUCCAGAUAUGGACGACGUCGUUUGGUCCAUCGUCUACGCCGUGGAGUCUAUCGCGCUCGGUUCCUUCCUCUGCUUCUUCUUUGUCUUCUGCGGCUGCACUUUCUGAAUCACAGAUCGGUCCGGUCCGGUCUGGUCAGGUCCAGUCCAGUCCGGUUUAGGUAUGUAUAUAAUUAAUUAAUUAAUUAAUUAAUUGUUCGUCUGUAUGGUGGACUUUGUAAUCGGAAGGCAAUCUGCUGGCUGCACCUGCCAAAAGCACUUGCCACUUGUGUGCGGCGCGUGAUGAUCAGAUUUUUUUUUUUUUUUUUUUUUUCCCCUCUUAAAUUUGGGGAAAUGAGCAGCUAAUGAGAGCGUGCCACUUGCCUUCUUUUGACAGGUCUACGGUGAGGGCACUAUUGUCUUUCCCUUGUUUGUUUGUUUUGCUAAAAUUUUGUUUUGGUUUCGGUAUGUUGUCUUUGUAUCCUGUGAAAAGUUGCUUGUCUAAAUACUUCUUCUGGUGGUUUGGACUUUA